AUGCGGGUGUCGUCGGGCAGUUAUGUACAGAAGAGAAGAGCGCAGACCGGGAUCUGACUAGAUGAUCAUGCUCCCUACGAUGCAGACCAAAAUCUGCCUAAAUCUGUAUCCGAAUGAAGUCUUAGGAUAGAUGACUCGUUCUGUACAAGGUUCCUCACGAUCGACUUAGAAGACCAUCGAGGAGCAAUUGGAAGUUCGUAGUGGACUUUGGGACGAUGACGAGAUCUCGCAGCAGCAUUGCGGUGGGCAUGGGAUUAUGGACGAUCGUGGUUCUCAUAGCGCUGCGAGGAGUCGCAGAUGCGAAAUCCGAGCUGCAGCUGAUCAAGUACAAAAUGCCACAGCUUUAUCCGGAGAGUUUCGAUUGGGACAGGAAGCACGAUCGGUUCAUCGUCGGGUCCACGGUGCUGGGCAAGCUCGUCACCCUUACCGACACAGGCGCGGUGGAGGAUUUCGUUUCGGAUUCAGAUCUCGAAGGCCAGUCUGAAGUCCACGGCGUCUUCGUGGACGCAAGGAGGAACCGCGUGCUGGCUGUAGUGGAGGCCGGUAGAGGAGAAUUCGACCCCCAGGUUGCCAGAUUGGUCGCCUACGACUUGGAUUCCAAGAAGAGAACCCUAAUGGUGACCCUGAGCGAGGAAGGAACGCAACCUUAUUUCUUCAAGGAUGUCUGUGCCGAUAACGAGGGUAACGCUUACGUCACGGAAACUACUAGCAACUCGGUCUGGAAGGUGACAUCUUCUGGGGAGGCGAGCCUCUUCGUUACGCUCCCUCAGUAUGAAAUCUUGCAGAGCGAGCCUAUGUUCGCGCAGGCUGGUGUGAGUGGACUCGUGUUUGUGGAUGGGCUUCUUCUCGUGAGUCAGUUUAAUUCCGGAGCGUUGAUCAGGGUGAAGGUGUCGGACAGAAAGGUGGAGAAGGUGAAGGUUGCAGAUGGUCUGACCAUGUCUGAAGCGGAUGGGAUGGCAAUUCGGCAAGAUGGAGCAUUGGUGGUGGUCUCCUCUCAUACUGCUUGGUUACUGAGUAGUAGGGAUUUCUGGCACUCGGCUACGCUGGUGGACAAGGUCGUGCUGGAGAAAACGACCUACAGCACCAGCGUUGCUGUGAAGGAUCUGCGAGUUUAUGUUCUUGCCAGUUACCUUCACGAAGACCUGGAAGGACUCAGUCGGGAAGAUUUUCAGAUUGAAGAGAUCGAGUUUCCUGCCGAUGUCGCCAAUAAUCCAUUGUAUCUGCUCGUAAUUGUGGGUAUGUUCGGGCUUUUAGUGCUGAUCUGGAAGUUUCAGGUCAAUCAAUUCAACAAGAGCUACACCAAGAAGAGAAUGUGAGCGAUUCUGGGCCUCAAAUACUGACAGGAACUUAGCCAUGAGGCUGUACCCAUGGUUUCGAAUUGAGAAGCUUUGAUGUCGCGCAAAAUGUGCUCAAUGCUCGGAAGAUAUGAGAAGGGUCAAUCUCGACGAUCUGAACCGAACCAUGUACAGGAAGUGAUUUUUUAACAGCUCAAAUGCUGAAAGUCUGCAUGCAAGGGGCUCAGAUUUCAUUCUAGUCAGAGACUAGAUAUCGCGAGGGCUUUCGGAGAUUGUGCUCUUUCUUUUUAAACCUCAAACACCGUCGAGAAGUUCUAUUGACAAGAUCUAUCUGUGAUUGCCAGCUUUAGACAGAGACAGAUCAUGAAAAGUGUAGACAAUUGUGAACGAACCUGUUUCCAUUCAAGAGGUAGACAUGGAGUAAACGUGAUGUCAUCUGCCUCUAUGUGUCGAAUGAGGUUUUCUUAAUCAUUAUGAUGGCAAAUUCGACCCUUUUACACGUUCCUCGUAGUACCUUGAACUGGACGGAGAUCACGCAUUUUUAGCGGAGUAGCCGCAUGUUCAUUAAAAAGCUCACUAUGGGAUAGGGAGCCACUCAGGUCCUGCUCUUAAUCCUGCACCCGUAUCUGUUUUUUUAACAGUUCUGAUAUCACAAAGUGUGCAUAUAUUCACUG